AUGACCGGUGGCGGGUCCCAUGGCGCGGGGUCCAAGCGCCCGGCGCGUACCGACGCGUCCGCCCUGUUCAAGCGGGGCGGCCCGAAGGCCAUGCGACCGGCGCAUCGACCCGGCGACGCCGCGGGGCGCGCCGGCUGGGGCGGUCCGGAUGAGGAGGGCGACGACCGCCGCGACGACGAAUGGGGAUGCGCGACGACGACGACGGCGACGGGCGGAGGGGGCGAGGUCGAACCCUCCCGCGACGGAUCGCUCGCGUCGCACCCGAGGCUCGCCGCCAAGCUCCGGGCGCUGUGCUCCGCGCUCGAGCGCCCCGCGGGGGCGCACCCGAACAACCUCAGCGUCGCGCGUUGGACCGCCACCGGCGACGCCGCACUCCCGUUCGUCGCCGAGCUGCUGCGGACGCGGGGCAAGCACUUCACGAAGUUCGGACACGUCUGCGGCGCGAGGACGUACCUGCUCCCGGAGGAGGUGCUCUUCCUGGUGGAGACGGAGAGGCUAGCGGUGGUGCCGCCGGGACGCGCGCGGAAGACGAACGACGAUGAAAAGACAAACGACGGCGAGACGAAUGAUGGUGAUGAUCCCGCCGUGUCGGGCGCCGCCAUGUCGCUGCGCGCGGUGCGCGACGCGGUGACGCGCCGGUGCGGGGUGCGCGAGGCCUGGUACCAAGUCUUCGCCAAGCUCGCGAGGGAGGGGUACACGGUGCGCAGGUUCGAUUCACCGUGGUGCCAACCCCCCAGGGGCUUUUCGAGCGGCGGCGGCGGAGACCACGCGGCCUUCGCGGGGUCCGGGCCGUUAGCCGGAGACUUUACGACGAACGUUCUUAGCCGCGACGAAACGGUUCCGCCGCCGCGCGAGGAAGAGGAAUCGACGCGUCCCGUCCCUGCCGCGGACGGCUGGUGGGUGGACGCGUCGACGUGGACGGGCGCGCCGACGGAACCGAUCGUCCCCGAGCCGCCGGAGAGCGAACACGCGCCGGAUACGUCCGCGCCGUUCCCGCUCCCGGUGUUCCAGGUGUACGCUCCCAACAGGCACUUCAGCAAACGGGACCCGGACGACGUGGCGUUCUUCGUGUUCCACGGGGACAGGCCCCCGAACUCUGACGAGGUGCGGACGGCGGCGAACGCGACGGCGAACGGGUUCCGCGAGGGGCGGGAACGUCGAGCGAAAAACGCGCACCGAGAAGACUCAUCACGCGGAGCACCUCACGCGAUCCCCGGCGAGAAGAUGGUGUACGCGCACGUGUCGGACUCGACCGUCAUGAUGUACCGGAUGACACCGUCGCGCGCUCCGGAGUCGGACGAGGUGCCGCAGAGCCUUUAG